ACAACAAACGCGCUGCGCUCUCGCCCCGCUUCAUCCGCAACUCCCUGCCCUCCUCCCCGUCCCCAUCCCCAUCCAUGGCCUCCGCCGUCUCCCUCGCCGCGUCGCCCUCGCCCCUCGCCCCCGCCAGCUCGCCCGCGCGGACCCUCCGCCACGCCCACGCGGCGCUCCCGCCCGCCCGCGGCCCGCGGUCCCCGGCCCUCCGCGCGGUCCCCGGGAACCGCCGGGCCGUCGUCGGCCGCGGCGCCUCGGCGGCGGUGCGCGCGGUCCAGGGCCAGGACACCACCAUCCAAGUUCCUGACGUCACGAAGGCAACAUGGCAGUCACUUGUUAUGGAGAGCGAGCUUCCUGUCCUCGUUGAGUUCUGGGCCUCCUGGUGUGGACCGUGCAAAAUGAUCGACCCAAUUGUGGGCAAGCUGUCAAAGGAGUAUGAAGGGAAGCUGAAAUGCUACAAGCUCAACACCGACGAGAACCCAGACAUAGCAAGCCAGUACGGCGUCCGGAGCAUCCCGACCAUGAUGAUGUUCAAGAACGGUGAGAAAAAGGACGCGGUGAUCGGAGCAGUGCCCGAAAGCACGCUGGUCACAUGUGUGGAGAAGUUCACCGAGAGGUAAAAUGUCGGGAACGGACCUCCUGGACAGAGU